ACUGCGUUAAUACACCGUCACUAUGGUACACUACCCUAACCUGAGAGUGAUCCUCUAAUAAAGGGCGGGAAAAGAAGAGCAUACUGCAGAGAGAGAGAGAGAUGGCGCCUGUGUUGCAGAGUUCUCAGCCAUGGGUGGAGAAAUAUCGACCAAAGCAAGUGAAGGAUGUGGCUCACCAAGAAGAGGUAGUUCGGGUCCUCACCAAUACCCUCGAGACUGCAAAUUGCCCUCACAUGCUUUUCUAUGGUCCUCCUGGAACCGGCAAGACUACUACAGCGCUCGCUAUUGCUCAUCAGCUGUUUGGAGAACUUUACAAAUCUAGAGUGCUAGAGCUCAAUGCAAGUGAUGACCGUGGGAUCAAUGUUGUUCGAACCAAGAUCAAGGAUUUUGCUGCUGUUGCUGUAGCUACUGGUGCUCGUCAGGGGGGUUAUCCAUGCCCACCCUACAAAAUCAUUAUCCUAGAUGAGGCUGAUUCAAUGACUGAAGAUGCUCAGAAUGCAUUGCGUCGCACGAUGGAAACCUACUCCAAAGUUACAAGAUUCUUUUUCAUCUGUAACUACAUCAGCAGAAUAAUAGAGCCACUUGCUUCUAGAUGUGCCAAGUUUAGGUUCAAACCACUUUCAGAAGAUGUCAUGAGUAGCCGUAUUUUGCACAUUUGUAGAGAAGAGGGCCUCAAUCUGGAUUCAGAGGCUCUUUCAACGUUAAGCUCAAUCUCUCAAGGUGAUCUUCGACGGGCCAUAACAUACUUACAGGGAGCUGCUCGUUUGUUUGGCUCAUCGAUUUCUGCUAAGGACCUAAUAAAUGUCUCUGGGGUCAUCCCUCAGGAUGUUGUUCAGGCUCUCUUUGCAGCAUGCAGAAGUGGUGAAUUCGAAUUGGCAAACAAGGAAGUCAAUAAUGUAAUUGCAGAGGGAUAUCCAGCUUCUCAGAUGCUUUCCCAGUUGUUCGAGGUAGUAGUGGGAGCAGAUGACAUAUCAGAUGAACAAAAGGCAAGAAUCUGCAAGAGACUAGCUGAAGCAGACAAGCGUCUUGUUGAUGGAGCAGAUGAAUAUUUACAGUUGAUGGAUGUAGCCAGCAGUACAAUGCGAGCCCUUUGUAACAUGCCAGAGGAGUUCUCCUAUGAGUAGAACAGCCCAUGAUUAUCUUAUUUGGAUUGCUCAGCACCUCCACCAACAAAAGUAACUUGUCGUUGGAAUUCUUGUAGUAGAUCAACUGUUCAUGUUUGAAUUGAUAAGCAUCUAUUUAUAGAGGAACUUAUCAUGUAAUUACAAGUUUUAGAAAGAGAACCAACAUUGCUCAUGCCA